CUGUGUUCCGAAAUGAUAAGCCGUCUGAGAGUUGGCGGCGUACGGAUGUGUUGCCUCCGCCUCCCUUCCCCGGCUGAGGCGCCGCCGCCAUUCCGCAUCUUCUGCGCUACAAGGUUCCUCGCCACUUCCUGCUCAUUAAAAAGCAAGCGGCAGAAAGUAAUUGUGAUUUCUGGCCCCACCGGCGCCGGCAAAAGCAGGCUCGCCUUGGAGCUCGCAAAACGACUCAAUGGAGAAAUCAUCAGCGCUGAUUCCGUCCAGGUGUAUAAAGGGCUUGAUAUUGGUUCAGCAAAGCCCUCCUUGGAAGACAGAGAGGAAGUCCCACACCAUUUGGUGGACAUAUUGCACCCAUCUGAAGAUUAUUCUGUUGGAAAAUUUUAUGAGGAUGCGAGGCAAAAAACAGAGGAAGUUCUUUUUAGAGGCCGUGUCCCAAUUGUGACAGGCGGUACAGGGUUGUACUUACGGUGGUUCAUAUAUGGGAAACCGGAUGUUCCACAAGCCUCACCUGAGAUCACCUCGGAAGUGCAUUCAGAACUUGCAGAAUUUCAGAGGGAUGGUCACUGGGAUGCAGCUGUACAAUUGGUUGUCAAAGCAGGCGAUCCAGGUGUCGAGUCAUUAGCAGCAAAUGAUUGGUAUCGGUUGCGUCGCAGACUUGAAAUUCUUAAGUCUAGUGGCACAUCUCCAUCAGCCUUUAAAGUACCCUAUAAUUCUUUCAAGGAGAAGUUGGAAUCGAAUGAUGCAGAAUCGUCUGACAUACACUCUUCAAAUAGUGAACCUCAAAAGAAAGACUCAAACGACCUGGACUAUGAUUUUGUUUGUUUCUUCCUUUCCACACAAAGGCUGGAUCUUUACAGAUCAAUUGAUUUCAGGUGUGAAGAUAUGCUUUUAGAUGAUGGAAUUUUAUCGGAGUCAAAGUGGCUUCUUGAUUUGGGCCUUAUGCCUAAUUCCAAUUCUGCAAGUCGAGCAAUUGGCUAUAGACAAGCUAUGGACUUUCUGCUAAGGGCCAGAGAACAACAGGGCUGGAGUUCUUCUAGAGAAUUCUACAGAUUUCUGUCUGAGUUUCAAAAAGCUUCUCGAAAUUUUGCAAAGAGACAGUUGACAUGGUUUCGGAACGAGCCCAUCUACAGCUGGAUUAAUGCCUCAAGGCCCAUGGAAGAUGUGCUGAGAUUCAUAUGUGACGCGUACGAAGACCAAUCAGGGAACCUUAAAGUGCCUCAGUCGCUCUGCAUGGAGAAGGACAUGACGCAUCCAAAGGAAGUCCGUCUACUUAAGGCUUAUCGCACUCAAAAUAGGCUCUUCGUCUCGCCUGAUGAUUGUAGCAGCAUUCUGGACUGGGUGAAGAGAACUCAAGGCGAACACACGAUGUCUAUUUGUUGAAAUACACUGCUGCACACGCGGCCAGGUUUUCGUGUUUUCUCAUUCGUAGAAUCUGCUAUUCUACUGCUAAAGAUUCUUGUAAACCAGAUGUAGCAUAGAAUGAUCUACAGAAUUGAUGAAUAUACUGAAAAACUAGAUGUAUUUUGUCUCU